AUGGCACAUGCAUCUGAGCUCAAAGAAGAGAAAGUUCCAGACCUCAAUGAGGAGGUGACUGAAAGUGACUUCAGAAUGGCCUCGGAUUACCUGCAGCACUACUAUGGACUGCAGGGGGAGUCCCUGAGACGCAGAAAGAGGAGCGACUCCUCCCUGAUCUCCAAGGUGAAGGACAUGCAGAGCUUUUUUGGGCUGAAUGUCACAGGCAGCCUGGACACAGAGACACUUGAGAUCAUGAAGGAGCCGCGCUGCGGAGUUCCAGACGCACAAGACUACAGCCACAACCAGGGUGCCAAGUGGAACAAGAAUGUCAUUUCAUACAGCAUCGGGAAGUACACUGCUGACCUGCCAACGCGCACGGUGGACUCCGAGAUCGAGUCUGCUCUGAGAGUGUGGAGCCAGGCCAGCCCACUGCGGUUUGUGCGCUCAGCCUCGCGCCAGGCCGACAUCAUGGUUGAAUUCGCCAGCAGAGCACAUGGAGACUCGUACCCCUUCGACGGCCCCAGGGGGACGCUGGCGCAUGCCUUUGGCCCCGGCGGGGGCAUUGGUGGGGACACCCACUUUGAUGACUCAGAGAGGUGGACAGCUGGGUCCGAGGGGUUCAGAUUGCAUUUGGUGGCAGCGCAUGAAUUUGGCCACGCCCUCGGGCUGAAGCAUUCUAGAGACCCCGCCUCCCUCAUGUAUCCCACGUACAAGAACCGGAACCCGCAGAAUCUGCUCUCCAAUGAAGAUGUCACAAAAAUCAAUGCUCUUUAUGGUAAAAGAGGGUCGCCUUCCUCCAGACCCCAGUGGGGUUCCCUCUUUAACCCCUGGCUCCUGGGACCCCGCUUUCCCUUUCUGAUGCAGGACAAAUGCAGCCCCAGCCUGUCCUUCGACGCGGUCACUUCCCUGGGGGACACAGAGCUGUUUUUCAAAGACAGGUACAUGUGGAUCAAGUACAGCCAGCAAUGUGAUGUCAAAGAGGGUCCCAUCAACAAUUUCAUGCCAAAAAUCACCUCCAGCAUUGAUGCUGCCUACUCCAUCCCCCGCAAGUCCUCAGCCUACCUGUUUAAAGGUUCCAGUUUCUGGACAGUGAGGGGAUCCCAGGUGAAGGGCCGGCCAAAGUCCAUCUACAGGUAUGGGCUACCCCGAUGGGUGGAGCACAUCGACGCAGCCGCACACAUUAACACGACCGGCCGCACCCUGCUCUUCUCCCAGGACCUGUACUGGAGCUACGAUGAAAACCGCAGAGCCAUGGAGGACUCAUCCCCCCGUUCCAUCAGCGACGAUUUCCCAGGGAUCAGCCCACCUGUGAGCGCUGCGGCCUACAGGGACGGGUUCAUUCACUUCUUCCUUGGGUCGGAGGUGUAUAAAUAUGACUACUCUCAGAAGCGUGUCGCUGACGUCAACAAGGCCAACAGCUGGCUGGGCUGUGAGCAGGAAGUUCGGCUAUAG